AUGUUCGACUUUGUGGGUAAAGCAAAGUACGAAGCCUGGGAUGCGCUGCGCGGCACCACGAAGGAUGCCGCGAUGGAAGCGUAUAUACAACUGCAGCUAAGCAAAAUUAUUUAUUUGAAUGCACCGAAGUUGUUCGAUGUGUUCCGCAAGGAGCACUUCGAACAUAGAAUAAAAGCCGUUUGUAACGGCCUUCAAGGAUAA